CUUGCUUGCUAAGAUGAGACGACUCUUCGUCUAGGAAGUGGACUCUUGAUGUAACUUGGUUAGCUAAUUAAUCAGCGAUCUAGGAGCUGUGGUUCGUUUCAUUCUGAGCAGGGCCAGGGAGGUUUUCCGGCUGCAACGGUACCAUUGAGCAUCAUAUGCUCGAAGAAAACUUGAGCAGGAUGUCACCGAAUUCUUUUUUGUCCGGCAACAACAAGAACGCCCGCCAUAUCCUCCGAGGACGGUGGAGCAACCUGAAACUCUCGGUCGCUGUCUCCCUUGGAAUCAGCUUCUGCUGCCUUGUCGUUUACUGCUCCCUCUGCUCUUCCCCUUUCUCGACGACGAAGCUCCUAUUGUCGCCGGAGGAAGACCCAGAGCUGGUCAGAGUACUGAGGAGCACAGCAUUGGCGACGGCGGGUAGGCGAUCGAAAUCCACGGUGAUCCUGACCAUGAUAAACAAAGCGUGGGUGGAGCGAGGGUCGAUUCUGGACGUUUUUCUGGAAGGGUUUUCGGUCGGCGACGGGACGCAAGAACUGGUGAAGCAUUUGGUGAUCGUGUCUCUGGACCAGAGGGCCUACGAGCGGUGCCAGGAAAUCCACCCGCACUGUUACGCGCUGACCACGCCGGGAGUGAAUUUCACAGGCGACGCCACAUUCAUGACCCAAGAGUACUUGCUCGUCGUGUGGCGCCGCAUCGACUUCUUAGGCUCUGUUUUGCGCCUGGGAUACAACUUCGUCUCCACGGAUGCAGAUAUAUUGUGGUUUCGAAACCCAUUCCCGCGGUUCCACGAGGACGCCGACUUCCAAGUGUCGUGCGACAUGCACCUAGGCGACGACUCCAACCGCGACAACCUUCCCAACACGGGCUUCACCUUCGUCAGAUCCAACCCCAGGACGGUCCGCUUCUACAAACACUGGUACCGCUCCAAGGACAGGUUCCCCGGCGAGCACGACCAAGACGUCUUCAACCGGAUCAAGUUCGACGACGACGACGCCAUCGUCGGGUUGAAGAUGAGGUUCCUCGACACCGCCUACUUCGGCGGCUUCUGCGAGCCGGUCAAGGACCUCAACGUCGCCUGCACCAUGCAUGCUAACUGCUGCGUCGGGCUGGACACCAAGGUGCACGACCUCAGAAACUUGCUCCGGGAUUGGAAGCGUUUCUCGGCGUUGCCUCCUGAAUCGAGAAACGGGGUUUCGUUUGAUUGGACCGGGUAUUCUCCACCCUUCAGGUGCAGGGCUUGAUCAUGAAUUGGGAGCUGCGGAGGAGCAAGCUUGGCAAGAGAAAACUAGAUCCAGAUCAAGAGGGAACAAUUCUCCCAAAAAAUUGGCUGAAACAAUCCACGCUUGAAAGGACUUACUGUUGUAGUUUCCUUUCUUGUUCUUUGGAAGAAUUUAAAAUGACACAAAGUACUAUAACGGUUAAAUGUAAAGUGUAAACCGAUUCACUUAAUCUCACUGGCUAUACAUGAGCUCUCGAGAAGUACAACUACUUACAACUAUUAAAUAGGAGUGAGUGUUUGAGCUUUGAAUUCAAGCAAAAUGAGGAUCAUCAGGUCAUCAAGUCUAGACAUAAAAAGUAGGAUUUUUGGCCAUUCCAAAUGGAGGGCAUGAUCUUCGGGUCUUCCAGUUACCUAGAUCGUCCAUAUUUCAUCAAUAACAGCUAUAAAUGUGCACAAUACAAGUUUGAUUUUAAGAGACGAAGUCUCUCAGUCUCAUUCCCCUUCCUUUUCGGAAGCAGGGCCAUUUUUGCUUUGUUGAAAUCGCCACCAUGCCAUAGAAAGUUUGAGGAGAACUUUUGAUCUCCUUUUUCCAACUGCGACCUAAGGCAAGUGUACCUGUCAUAGAAGCAAUAUAAUGGCAAAGACAAUGACUACUAGUAAUUAGCAAUACUUCCUACUAUCUAACCGAUUAUUUUAGUGAUUGGUUUGAUUGAUAAAUAUUAACUAUUGACUACUAAAGCAUAAAAUCGACAACACAAAUAAACCAAGAUAAAAUCAAGCAGAUAAAGAGUUGUUCAGAUUCGAAUCACCAGACUAGUUUUCAAGAAUCAACCUGACAGAAUAUAUAUAUGAUUUAUUAUUUCUAUACCAUAGGUAUUUUUAAAAAUAGACCUUUUAUUAAUUUUUAUAAUUAGCAAAUUGACUCUAAAAAAUUUCAAAUUAAUAUAUAAACAUUACAAAAAAUUUCUAUAAUUACUAAAAUUAUCAUAACAUGAAAAUAUCCACCGUACAUAAUCGAAAAUAACCACAUCCCAGAGAAAUAUGAUUUUCGGGCCAAACUGUGAACAAUCAAAACAUUGGGGACUAAGCUAUUCAUACUGGAAUUUGGGGGGUGGGGGGACUGAUCUAAAUAAUUUCCUAUUAGUUUUAGCGAUGACCUUUAUUCCAUUGCUAAAGGACUGUAAUUCCAUGGGGGAACUGAUCUAAAUAAUUUCCUAGUAGUUUUAGCGAUGACCUUUAUUCCAUUGCUAAAGGACUGUAAUUCCAUCUCUAAAAAUCCAGAAAUAUGCAUAUAUGAAGAAACUCAUUCAUAGCUCAAUCUAAACGUCGGGAUUGAGGUCCUUACCUUUACACGAGCCUAAAGGAAUUUUUGAUGAUUCUGGACGUUGACCUCCUUGCUCUAACGUCGUUCAAAUCCUCAUAACAUCAUCGUCGAAGCUACGAUUCACAAGCACGUGGUUUGGGCUAGUUUGAGUGAAACCAAGCUUGGAGAACGAUUGGAGGUCUAUAUCCUUACGUCUGGGGUACAAAGAAGAGGGCAGAGAUUGAGGGUUCAGCGAUAUUUUGGGAAGAGGCGAAUCCGGCUAUCAACGUCAAUCGUACGUCGAGUGGUGGGGAGCUCGGACAAUCGCUCCUUUCUUCCUUCCUUCCUUUCUUCUUCAUUUUUUCUUUCUUGAUUUCUUUCUUUCUUUCUUCUGCCAUUGGGAAAGGAAAAAGGAAUGGAUGAGGGGUUUGAAUUGGGUGGUGGGAUUAAUGGGCAUGGGGGGUUAAUGGGAGAGAAGUAGGCUUGGCAACGGGAGAGAUCGGGGCCGGGAAGGGUCUAUCUGCAACCCGAUCGAAAUGCUAUCGCAUUUUCCCGAAUCCGCCCCAUUAGCACUAUCGGGCGCGUUUUGAGGCCCAGGCCCGAAACCAACGGGUAACGGGUUUACGCUUGUCAUAGUGGGUUUACCUGCUACAACAAAAAAUUGAUAAGACC